CCAAAAUGGCGACGUCCAUGGGCGAUGCCACGUCCUCGACGUCGUUGGAUACAGUUGAAAAUUUGACAGAUUUAGAAGCUAUUCAAAAGGCAUUCGAUGAAUUAUGCAAUGAAGAGAUGACAGUUGAGGAUGAGUUGAAGGGGUUGCUGGAUCAUCAAUCUCGGCUAGAGAGCAAGAUGGUUGGUCUUCACAAAGCCCUCCCGAACCUGCAGAUCCUGCAGACAGACUCCCGGCAGCUGAGCAGCAUGAUCUCCUUCACCUCCACGCUGGCCGACAACGUCAGCAGUAAAGUCAGGAAACUCGACCUCGCCAAGAGCCGUGUUUCUGACUGUAUAGAGCGGGUGGAGGAUAUUCUUGAUCUCAAAUUCUGUACUGAUGGGGUACAAACUGCUCUGCAGAAUGAAGAUUAUGAAAAGGCUGCCGGCCAUAUCCAUCGAUACCGAAAUCUGGACGAGUCAGUUCUUAGAAUGAGUGCUGAUAAUGAUGAAGGUGGGACACUGGACAUCUCCUUCAAGCUGCUGCAUGAGGCAGAGGACAAACUCAAGGCCAUCGUCACCUCCAAGUUUGAUGCUGCUGUCCACUCCGAGGAUGUGGCAUCUGUAGAGCGAUUCUUCAAGAUAUUCCCGUUGCUGGGGCAACAUGAAGAAGGACUCACUAAAUUUGGAAAAUAUUUGGCUAAAAAGCUGUCUGAGAAUGCUGACAAUCAGAUGAAGCUUGCUCUGCACAUGGACAGUGAUGACAAGCGGGCCAAGGUGCUGUUUGCAGACACCAUCACUCUGCUGUUUGAGAGUAUCGCUCGAGUCGUGGAGAUACAUCAGCCAUUAGUAGAAACAUAUUAUGGCCCGGGGAAGCUCCUGAUCCUGCUGAAGAUGCUGCAGAAGGAGUGUGAUCGGCAGUCAAGGAAAAUUGUAGAACAGUUUAAGUCAAUAAGAGACUAUGAACACAAGGUCCGGCAGGUUCAGCAGAGUUUGAUGAUCCAGAAACAAACCUCCACAGAGAAACUUGAACCUAAGGACCUGGAUGUGUUGCUGUCUGAGGUUGUGCUCAUCAGUACACGAGCCGAGAUGUAUCUCCGCUUCAUCAAGAGGAGAGCCCUGACUGAUUUAGAAGUGGCAUUUCCAGAUGAAGAUGACAGAACAAGAGAGUGUGUUGACCUGGACAAGUAUCUGAGUGGCUGUGACCUGAGUCGUCUGAUGCAGGAGCUGAUCGGCAGCUACAUCAUGAUGGAGGAAUACUUCAUGAGAGAGAUGGUGCUCAAGGCCGUCAACAUGGACACCUUGGAGGAUGGAGCACAGACCUCCAGUAUGGUGGAUGAUGCUUUCUUCAUUGUCAAGAAAAGUGUAAGACGUACCAUCUCCAGCUCCAGCGUGGAUGGCGUGUGUGCGAUGUUGAACCACGCGUGUACGCUGCUAGAGCAGGACUUCCGAGAGGUGUUGUACGCACGGCUCCGCUCUGGCUUCCCGUCGGGCUUCGACCUACAGCAGGCCUACAACCUGGUACAGUCCAGCUUCCAGCAGGGCAAGCUGCAGAGCUCCGACUCCGAGAAGGAGAAGGCAAAGACUCUCUUUCUGACUGCCUUAAACAAUGCUGAAGUCAGUUCAGAAUACUCAAAAGCUUUGAAAACAAUCCUCGAGGAUGAGGUAUCAAAACUCUACAGCCAGUGUACGGAGCAAGCCAGAGCCAAGCUAGAGAGCUGUUUGUCAGACCUUGGAACGGUACCCGCCAAGUUCAAGGACGUGAUCGAGUUUGGCUUCUCCCAGCUGACAUCGAGUGUUGUGAAGCCUCGCGUCAAACCGCUGGUGGAGUCCUUCCUCUCUACAGACCACAAUUUGACUGAGGAGGACUUCUCCAACUAUGAGGCAAACGAUCCGUGGGUCCAAAACUUCAUUAUGAACCUGGAUGCUCUGUUCAGCACUUUCAAGGCCACUCUCACAUCGGGAAACUACGACCGCCUUGUGAACCUCAUCGUGGGUGAGAUCACCGUUCAGCAGGAGAAGGCCAUCACCAAGUCAACAUUCAACAGGCUGGGAGGCCUCCAGUUUGACAAGGAGCUGCGUUCAUUGGUGGGCUACCUCUCCUCCGUCACCACCUGGACCAUCAGAGACAAGUUCGCCCGCAUCACACAGAUGGCCACCAUCCUCAACCUGGAGCGGGUGUCAGAAAUACUCGACUACUGGGGUCAGAAUUCUGGACCUUUGACCUGGAGGUUGACCCCUACUGAAGUCAGGCAGGUGCUCAGUCUCAGGGUGGACUUUAGAAUAGAAGAUAUCAAGAGGCUGAAGUUAUGACAGGACUGUUUACUCAAACCCAAACAUGUCUUUCACUUUAUCUCAUCAUUCCAUAACCAACAUGGCUGUCUCAUGGACAGGUCAUGAGACCACAAGACAAGGGAGGUAACUCUCAAGACUACACACGAUUGUAAUGGCAGCAUUAUCUUUGAUCUGAAAAAACAUGGUAGUCUGUCUACCAAGAGUGAUGUCCUUAUAAACAACAUGUGAUUGAGGGCAGAGGGUGUAAUAUAUGGAGGGAGUUUGAUGGUGUACUGUCAAUAAUAUGCAUGUGCUCCCAAGCUCCUCACAGUGACAUCUCAUUCCUGUAGCUUUCUAUAUUACUGCCUAUCACCAUGUUAGAUGGCCUACAACCCUGUAUGGAGUUGUUCAUCAUGUUAACACUGUUGUGAUGCUGUGUUCCUUAACUCUACUUCAUUGUUUUGUGGAUCAAUGAGUGAGUAUGGUUUUUACGCCGUUUUUAGCAAUUGUCCAGCAAUAUCAUGGCGGAGGUCACCAGAAAUGGGUUUCACACAUUGUACCCAUGUGGGGAAUCAAACCCGGGUCUUUGGCGAGGUGAGCAAACGCUUUAACCAUGAGGCUACCCCACCUCACAGCCCUGUUUUGUGUUGAAUAGAAGCUAUACCUCCUUUUAACUUUCAGGUGAAUAGUGUGAUGAAAAUGUAAGAAGUUGGGUGAUUGUCUAUUUGUUUGCAAUCUCAAAUCGUUAUUUUUGUAGGAAUAACUAUAAAUUGAUCUGAUAAAUAGAGAGUAUGUCCUUUUGUCUUUUCAACAAUUUACCACAAUAACAUUUCAGCAGACUUAUAUACUUUUAGGAACAAACUAAAAUCAUCUGGGAAAUAGCAAGUAGCUCAGUAUUCAUUUUCACAAAUAAUCAAACAUCCAUCUUCUCCCUGACAUUCUCGUCAUAUUAUUUACCGGAUAAUUAAAACAAACUAUUAUUUCCAUUUGAUACACAUUUUGAGUUUGUCGGCUUCGUGUUGAUCAUUUCAUUGGUCGGUCAAAGUGUGUGAAAGGCCUCUCUAACGUGAUCUGUGAUGGGAUGUUCUCCGAUCUUUGUGAAGCGGUAGGAAGCACUUAGUUCGGAUUUUAAUGAGAUUGGAAUGGAACUCAAGUGACACCUACAAGGGGAGGUUAUCCAUAGUGGGAGGUGACAGUUUCUUAUUGAUGAGCUUAUGUCCAAGCUCUUGCUCGCAUCCCUCAAGAGCAGUCUGUGAUACAUAGAGGUUGCCUGACCAAGGGUGUCUGUCGAUAGAUCCUCAAAGCUCUGUGUCCAACACUUUUCGCUUUCUGCUCUGUCUACAAAUUUGAUUCUCAAGUGCAUCAUAUCUCCAUCAUGUUAUGAUCAAUACCCAGGAACCAUUGGCCACCAGGGGGCACAUGUGGUCCUGUCAUCUAAGGCGCCCAAAUAAGGUUUGCCCUGAUUACUUUUCUCAGUUUGUCAGCACCCUUGCUCGUGGGUUUCACUAAAGUGGUCAACGUCUAAGAUCUGCAUCACUUUGGGCUUUCCUCCCACAUCUAGCUGACAUACCAUGAUAUAACUGGAAUCCUGUUCCAAGUGACAUUAUGUCAGACUCACUCACCACUCAUGUCACUACUAUAUCUUCAUUUGAGAAGUAACGUCGGCAGGUCCAUUUCUUUCAUCACUAAUUUAGUUUAGAAUGUCUCCCCUAUGAGCUUGAAUUCAGCAAGCAGUCAAAACACCCUUCUGAACGUGACUACAUGGAGCUACAUUCAACAUUGCAGCCUGGUACGAGACAGCCCUCCGUGUGUUUAGUUGAAUCAGAAGACUUAGAAAUUAACUGGAAAAGAUUCUUUCCCAAAUACUAAGAUAAGGAGGAGGUUACAGUACAUUCCAGAUUUAUCUGAGAUGGCAAAAGUCGAGUUGGGUACUAGGGAUAUUUCAAAUUGUUUCUAUCACGAAUGAACAGUGAACUUCUAUGGGACGUGUUUUCGCGUCAUGUUGCUUGGACCUGAUUCAGAAGGAAGCUAUGAAGGCAAAUGGAUCCAGUUAAAAUGGAGGUAUGAUGCUGUGGAGAAUUGAGGAUGCUCUGUCUACUGCUUUUGCAAAUUCUUCCUUCCAACUUAAGACGUAUAUAUGAUCUAUGUACGUCUUUGUUCCAACAAAUGAAUUGAAAUUAUUUAUGUGAAAAUGUCACAUUAAGUAUAUUUGCCUUCUUGGUAUAAAAUGGGGUGUUAUUUCAUUAUUGGAUAAUUUGAAAUAUUUAUAUAUAUAAAUAUUUGUUUUUGUUUACUAUGGAAACAAAUGUUGAGUAUUUGUUGAUGAGUUGGAAAGAUUCUGAAAACAUUCUGAAGGAAUAAAUACUCUAAAAAUAGUGAACAAAGAAAAGCAAUAAAUAUAUGAUUUUUAUGAAGUAUGAUGCACAAUUUGGGAGAGAGUCAUGAAAUAAAGUGGCAGUUUUGUACUUUUGAAAUAUCAAAACCUGUGUUACUUUCAUGAGAUAUUAAUCAGCUAUUUAGCAGAGGGUGGGUGGGAGAGAGUCAUGAACAUUAUGGACAAAUAUUGAGGGAGAGUUUCAAAAACAAAUCAUCUAACAUUACAUAAAUCAUGGCCCCUAUCUGCAAUGGUAACAUGAAGUCCUCAGCACUGCAAAGCCAACAUGUUGCUCUGCAAUGAGUCCAGUUAAUGUUUUUUGUAUGUUUGCUAGCCAGUGUGAAUGUGCAUACACAUUUGCAGGGGGGGGGGGGUCGUGAACGGAGGGAAGGAAGGGAGAUAACUCUCUGAGGCACACAUGUUCUGGAACCUGCUGUGGUUGUGAUGGGCACAGGGACUUGUCAGUGGAGGUGUAUAUAGCAAAUGUAUGUAGUCCAUGCUACUGCUCACAGGGUGUAACUUAUGUAUAUUGGUUCUGUAUAUUUGUACAUAGUUAUUGUUCAGUGUCAUCUAUUUCAAGUAACUCCAUUGGUGUUUGUUACUCAUAAAUCAGGCUGUAUGUGUGAAUUAUAGGAUUAUGAUGCAAACCUGAUGUUUGUUUACAAAGCUGAAUUGUUUUACAGUGAGAAAUGUCAUCACUUUGGAUGUCUGCCCAUCAAAAUGUGAACAGUGUAUAACUCUUCAUGUGAACAGUGUAGAUAUCUCCAUGUGAACAAUGUAGGUAUCUUCAUGUGAACAGUGUAGAUAUCUUCAUGUGAACAUUGUAGAUAUCUCCAUGUGAACAGUGUAGAUAUCUUCAUGUGAACAGUGUAGAUAUCUUCAUGUGAACAUUGUAGAUAUCUCCAUGUGAACAAUGUAGAUAUCUUCAUGUGAACAGUGUAGAUAUCUUCAUGUGAACAGUGUAGAUAUCUCCAUGUGAACAUUGUAGAUAUCUCCAUGUGAACAGUGUAUCUUCAUGUGAACAGUGUAUCUUCAUGUGAACAGUGUAAAUAUCUCCAUGUAAAUAGUGUACUGGUAGAUAUUUCGAUGUAAACAGUGUAGAUAUCUCCAUGUAAGCUGUUGAUAUCUCCAUGUACAAAGGGUAGAUAUCUCCACAUAAACAGUGUAGAUACUUGUUCCAUAUUAAUCUGUGAUCAACUGAAUGUGCUAUGCAUUAUAAAUGUUGUGUCAUUUGUAUGUCAAGUGUGAACAGAGAUGUGAAAAUGUUUCCUCAUGGGCUGUCCUUGAUUGUAAAUCUUAGUAUUGAGACAUCAAUCCAAAAUAUAAUGAUAUUCUAAUAUAAAUAUGAUUUUUCACAAUAUGAUUUUCAGUUUGUAACUGAGUAAUUAAAGAUUUUGAUCAUUGUAACAUCUUAUACCGUAUUGGCCGUUAUAAACGCCCUGGGUGCUUAGAAAAUUGACAAAACCAUAGACAAGUAAAGUUUGUUUUCAGAGGUGGAGCAAAAGUGAACAAACUUAGGUCAAAUGUAAUUGUAACUGAAACGAUUUCCAUUAUAGUUUUUAGUAAAUUUAUACCCAUUCUUUGCUGCUGGUGUAAGUAGAAAAUCUGUAAUUCUACACAAGAAAAUAUGGACUGUAAUAUCUUAGCAGGAUGCUUAUAAAGAUUACUUACAGAUUGGUCUAGAAGUUGGAAAGGGGGUGCUUACUGGAACAGAGCACUUAAUACGGCGAAUAUGGUAAUUCAUGUUUUUCCUAUUUUUUGGGGGGUGCAGGUGGCCCAGUCGUCUAAUGCGCCGCAAUUCACUGUGCAGAGUUGCGUCCCUUGGGCACGCCAGAAACCUAUGAUUGUGGGUUCGAAUCCCGGUUCACCCCGAUUAUGUUUCUAG